AUGGCCUCCAACACAGAUGUGCCGUCGGUGGAGGACAUCUAUGUAGACCAAGGGCUGCGAUCCGGUCCGAACGCCCAAAAAACGAACUCGAAAGCGCCCAUCCGCGUCUACGAGGAGCCGAAUAUAUAUGGGGCGAAUUCGUCGGGUCUUGAUAGUAAUCAGGAAAACGUACCGCUUCUAAGUCCUACGAGGAGCGAUAGCGGAAACACAAACGGCGAUGACAGUGGGAACGGUGAAACAGAAUGGACAUUUGACAAAGAAUUCCAAGGGCUUCCUUGGUGGAAACAACCAUCAAUAUUCUGGCUCCUGCCACCAUUCCUUCUCUUCACCAUCGCCUUUGGGGGUGUUAUAGUGCCCAAGAUCAACCUCAUCAUGGAUCUGGUAUGCGAAGAGUACUACGCUUCACAAGGACCCAACCCAGCAUCUGGACCUAUGGACCCGGGGCAGCAAUCUGAUCGGUGCCGAAAUGACGACGUCUCAUCACGCUCCUCACUCUUCCUUCUAUAUGGCAGCCUAUGUGCUGGUAUACUUGCGGCUGUUACCAGCCCGAAGCUCUGCGCGCUCUCCGAUCGAUAUGGACGGAAGAACUUUAUGAUCUUCAACACAUGUACUGCGCUUUUUGGCGAAGUGCUCACGAUCCUCGCAGCAAAAUACCCCGAUGUCGUACACGUCAAUUGGAUCCUUGUUGGCUACGCCUUCGAGGGGCUUGGUGGCUCUUUCAUCGUUGGCAUGGCACUUGCUCACUCAUAUGCUUCUGACUGUGUUUCCCCGCAGAAACGCAGUACGGCGUUCUCAUAUUUUUACGCUUGUCUGUUUGCUGGUAUAGCGAUAGGGCCUGUCGUGGCUGGUUACAUCAUUGAAGCGCGUACAAAAUCAGUUGGUAAGACUGAAGCGCGUCUUCUCAUCUUCUACCUUGCUCUAGCAGCCCACGGCAUGUUUAUAUUCUUCUUGUCGUUUUGCAUUCCCGAGUCACUCUCCAAAUCACGGCAAGCAGCUGCAAGAGAGAAACACGAGGAGGAGAUGGAGAGACUGGGCCCAGCGUCCGAUUGGAUAAACCAGCUUCGCCACGUCAACCUCUUCGCUCCUCUCAAGAUUCUCUGGCCCACCGGUCCCGGUACUUCAUCCGCCGUUCGCCGGAACCUAGUUUUGCUUGCCGCCAUAGAUACCAUCGUGUUUAGUGUUGCCAUGGGCGGCAUGGGCGUCGUGCUCGUGUAUACGCGUCGUCAAUUUGGCUGGCAAGACGUGGAAACUGGGCACUUCGUCACUAUCGUGAACGGAGCUCGAGUUCUUGGUCUCAUCGUUCUUCUGCCUCUGAUCACGAGAAUUGUUCGCGGCAAAACACCACCUCGCCAGCGCAGCUCUGGUUGUGAUAACUUCGAUCUCUCGAUCGUUCGUUUCGCCAUCUUACUCGACAUGUGCGGUUACCUCGGAUACACGCUUGCACGCAAGGGCGAGUUUUUCGCAUUAUCUGGAGCUUUGGCUGCUGUUGGUGGUAUAGGCAGUCCGGCGUUGAGCGCUGCUCUAACGAAGCAUGUACCCCAGGACAAGGUUGGACAGCUGCUUGGUGCGACGGGCCUGCUGCAUGCACUUGCCAGAAUAAUUGGUCCUACCGUAUUUAAUGGCAUCUACAGCGCGACAGUAAGCCUUUUCCGCCAAACAGUGUUUGUUAGCUUGACGGCGACCUUUGGUUUGGCGUUCGUUUGCAGUUGGUUUGUUCGACCACAUGUGUAUAUCAACGAUAAGGAACCAGAAGAUCAAGAUUCGCUGGAGCAGAACGCGUAG